AUGAGUACUUCAGCUGCUGCCUCAGCACCAGCAUCUAAACCUUCGUCACGCACACGUAGAGACAAGGAUGAUACAAGCAAUCCAGACAUUGCAUUACCUGGCAUAGGAAACUAUGUUUUUCAAAAAACAGUAGGCGAAGGUAACUUUGCAAAAGUCAAGCUUGCUACACACAGGCUCACGAAUUGCGAGGUUGCCAUCAAAGUUAUUGACAAAACCCAACUUGAUGAAAAAAAGCUGGGAAAACUUUACCGCGAAGUGCGCAUUAUGAAGUUGCUCCAUCACCCCAAUAUUGUCAAACUCUAUGAAGUCAUUGAAACUAAAAGCACCGUGUUUUUGGUUAUGGAAUACGCUUCUGGUGGAGAACUUUAUGAUUACCUUGUGGUCCAUGGAAAGAUGAAGGAAAAAGAAGCUCGUGCAAAAUUUAGACAGAUUCUCUCUGCCGUGAGCUACUGCCACAAAAAGCGUGUCAUUCAUCGAGAUCUCAAGGCGGAAAACCUUUUAUUGGAUUCAAAUCUCGACAUUAAGAUUGCUGAUUUUGGUUUCAGUAAUUACUUUGAUCCCGAUGCCAAACUUGAUACGUUUUGCGGAUCACCUCCAUACGCAGCACCUGAGCUAUUUCAAGGCCGUCGGUAUACUGGACCAGAAGUUGAUAUUUGGAGUCUAGGUGUUAUUUUGUACGUUCUCACUACAGGAUGUCUUCCAUUUGAUGGUAAAAAUCUUCAAGAAAUGCGAGAAUCUGUAUGUCGCGGAAAGUAUCGUAUUCCUUUUUACUUGUCUGACUUGUGCGAGAAACUGCUGCGCAAAUUUCUUGUUCGGGAUCCUAUCAAACGUGGAAGUCUGGAGAUGCUUCUUGAUGAUCCAUGGAUCAAUGAAUCCUAU